GGGUGCGCCGCCUGGGAGCGCCUGCGAAUGAUGGUGGGUGGGGUGCAACUGACGGGGCAGGGAAUCUGCAGGACUUGGACUUGGAAGGCCAACUGGAAAUGUGAUGAUGUUGGAGACUCGUGCUUGUGAAUGGACAGUGAUGAGAUGGACUCGGUUGAUUUAAUGUCAGACAAGAAACACAGGACUUCUUGAUCUUCGUAGGUCGUAGCGCAACAAGUCUGAGAGGAUGUGUUCUGGUUGUGUGGUGUCGUGUUGUUCUCCACAGAAAGACAAUGACUUGUGGGCUUUUACAAGGUCAAAAGUCGGACGCUUCUGGCUCUUCUGGCUGGUCUUGGGCGCUUGAGAUUGUUCGGCCGCCGGCGUCAAUCAUGGACGGCUCGGCAACUGUGAUGUGAGAGGGCAGAGCGUGGUGCAAAAGAUUGAAUGUGAUUCGUGCAAGUGAUGAUUGGGGCAUCCAACCAGUGUUGCAGUUGGCGGCUAACUCUGGGACUGGAGCAUUGAAAUAAAAGGUAAUUAAGAUGUUGGAAAGGACCUGAAAAGGAUAUGGGAAGAUAGAUGGAUGAGUGAUGGAGAAUUGGUAGUGUUUGGCACUUCUUCAGAUGAGUCGAAGCGGUGUAUCCGGCACAGAAGUUUAGCCAAAGUAUGGCAUGUAAGAGGUGAGCUCGUUGGAAGGAGCUCUGCCCAAUUGCCCAAUUUGUUUUUGGGUGAUGCAAAGAGAUGGAUGAUAAAUACUACGAAACGACUGUUGUGUCAAAAAGCAAAAGAUGGUUUAUGUCUACCAAAGCUACGGGUUGCAAACAAAGUCGGGUCGGAGAGUCUGUCUGAGCAAACGCCUCGAGGCGGGAGAAAGAGUGGGCGGCGGAUUGCGGACAUGGCUUGAAACCAAAGAGUCAAAGACCACGAAUGACACAAUGG